UCUGCAUCCAUCCUUGCGCGAUGCUCCAAUCGGACUGGGCCGCCGUCAGGGGAGUGUCUGCCGGAAGUCAGUAAACAUCGGGCUCGUCUCCCUUCCGUCAUGGUGCAAAAGUCGCGGAACGGCGGCGUGUUUCCAGGAGCCCAGGCCGACCAGAAGAAGCUGAAGGUCGGUUUCGUGGGUCUGGAGGCCGGGGGGACCGAGUCCAGCAGGGAUGGAGCUCUACUCAUUGCAGCUGAUGAAGGUCCUCGCCGGCAGCGCAGCAGCGUCUCAGGAGUCAGGAAGCCCCCCAAAAGAAACGCCCUUUACAGGCGGCUGCAGAACUUUCUGUACAAUGUCCUGGAGAGACCGCGAGGCUGGGCCUUCAUCUAUCACGCCUACGUGUUCCUCUUGGUCCUCUCCUGUCUGGUUCUGUCCGUCUUCUCCACCAUCCGAGAAUACGAGAAGAGCUCAGAGGACGCUCUCUACAUCCUGGAAGUGGUGACCAUCGUGGUGUUCGGGGUGGAGUACAUGGUUCGCAUCUGGGCUGCCGGGUGCUGCUGUCGCUACAGAGGCUGGAGAGGUCGACUAAAAUUUGCCCGGAAACCGUUCUGUGUCAUCGACAUCAUGGUGUUGAUUGCGUCCAUAUCGGUGCUGGCCGCGGGGACGCAGGGAAACGUCUUUGCCACCUCGGCUAUCCGCUCGCUGCGUUUCCUUCAGAUUCUCAGAAUGAUCCGAAUGGACCGACGGGGAGGAACCUGGAAGCUGCUGGGCUCCGUGGUGUAUGCCCACAGCAAGGAGCUGAUCACUGCCUGGUACAUCGGCUUUCUGUGUCUCAUUCUGGCCAGUUUCCUGGUUUAUUUGGCAGAGAAAGAAGACAAUGAGCAGUUUGAGACUUACGCAGACGCCCUCUGGUGGGGAUUGAUUACUUUGACAACCAUCGGUUAUGGAGACAAGUUCCCGAUCACCUGGAAUGGACGCCUGCUGGCAGCAACCUUCACUCUCAUUGGAGUGUCCUUCUUUGCCCUUCCAGCUGGCAUCCUGGGUUCUGGUUUUGCUCUAAAGGUUCAGGAGCAGCACAGACAGAAACACUUUGAGAAGAGACGUAACCCAGCAGCUGGACUCAUUCAGGCGGCGUGGAGGGUGUACGCCACAAAUUUGAGUCGCUCCGACCUGACGUCAACGUGGGACUAUUACGAGAGGACUGUGUCUGUCCCCAUGUACAGGUUAAUUCCUCCCCUCAAUCAGCUGGACCUUCUGAGGAACCUGAAGAACAAGUCAGGACUUUCAUUCAGGAAGGACGUCCAACCAGAACAGUCUCCUAGUCAGAAGGUAAGUCUGAAGGAGAGGGUUUUCUCAUCUCCACGCAGUUCAGGAACCAAAGGAAAAAAUUCUCCACAAAACGUGGUCCCAGUGGUUGGACCAGGAGUUGCUCCUGGAGUUCCUGGUGUCCCUGGGGGUGUUCAGGCCUUACGACGAUCCCCAAGCAUAGAUCCCAGUCUGGAGGACAGUCCCAGUAAGGUCCCUAAGAGCUGGAGCUUUGGAGAACGCAGCAGAACCAGACAGGCCUUCAGGAUCCGAGGAGCCGCUUCCCGUCAGAACUCUGAAGUUCUCAUAGAGAUGCAGGAUGAAGAGUUCAGACAGAAGAGCUCACCAGAUGCCAGUCUACCAGGAGAAGACUUGGCCGACGACAACAAGAGCUGUCACUGCGAGUUCGUCUCGCAGGACCUGACGCCAGGCAUAAAGGUCACCAUCAGAGCCAUUUGUAUCAUGCGCUUUAUGGUGUCCAAGAGGAAGUUUAAAGAGAGUCUUCGUCCCUAUGACGUCAUGGAUGUAAUUGAGCAGUAUUCGGCGGGACACCUGGACAUGCUAGCACGCAUCAAGAACCUUCAGUCCAGAGUGGACCAGAUCGUGGGCAGAGGAACACCAAUCACAGAAAAGGACCGACCCAAGGCAGCAGGGGAAGAACUACCCGAGGACCCAAGCAUGAUGGGACGACUGGGGAAGGUGGAGAAGCAGGUCCUGUCCAUGGAGAGAAAGCUGGACUUCUUGGUCAACAUCUACAUUCAGCGAAUGGGAAUCCCUCAGGCAGAGACAGACGCCUACUUUGGAUCCAAGGAGCCUGAACCGGCGCCGCCCUACCACAGUCCAGUGGAGCAGCUUGAGAAGAGCCAGUCCAGUCACAAGAUCCUCCAGGUGUUGCCAGGCGACAGUACGGACAAGAGUCAUUUUGGGACGAAGAUAGUCCGCUCCAGCAGUUCUAUGGGACACAGGAACUACAACACUGCCACCUGCACCCCCUCCACCUCAUGGCAGCCAAUCAGCUCCCACCUUCACCAGCAGGCCCCUCACUCUCCUCAGCGCAGCCAUGGUAACACACCAAGCCCGAAGGGGGACGCCUCGCUUGUUCGACUUCCGCCGCCUCCAGCAGGAGAACGACACGGCGGGAACCGUUCCCACCGCCACAACGCUGCAGAGCGCGGGGCGGCUGAGAGGCCCGAGAGAGGGGCAGAGUGCGCCGAUGGAGAAGGUAGACAAGAGGAGGAGAAGUUGGACAGCGACGCCUCUGCAUCCAUUCCGUCCGUAGACCACGACGAGCUGGAACACUCCUUUAGCGGCUUCUCCAUCUCGCAGUCCAGAGAGAACCUGGACUUCCUCAACAACGGCUUCUACUCAGCUGCCGCUAACCAGGGGGACCAUCGUGGGGUGGGCGGGGCUUCCUGCUGCACUACCAUUCGACCAUACAUAGCACAGGCCGAGUCGGACUCAGACUCGGAGCUCUGUGCCCCGUCCCCACACUCAGAUCGGGCCUGGACCGGAAACAAAUAGGGUAGUGUAAAGUGGGAAGAACCAGCAGAACUGUAAUAACAACAACAAUAAUAACAAUAAUAAUAAUAGAAAUGUGAAUGACAAAAACACCAGCUGGCGGAAGUGAGGCAAAAACGCACAGCUGGUUUCAUGUCAACUACACUAUAUUGCCAAAAGUAUUUGGCCACCCAUCCAAAUGAGCAGAAUCAGGUGUCCUAAUCACUUGGCCCGGCCAUAGGUGUAUAAAAUCAAGCACUUAGGCAUGGAGACUCUUUCUACAAACAUUUGUGAAAGAAUGGGCCGCUCUCGGGAGCUCAGUAAUUUCCAGCGUGGAACUGUCAUAGGAUGCCACCUGUGCAACAAAUCCAGUCAUGAAAUUUCAUCGCUCCUAAAUAUUCCAAAGUCAACUGUUGGCUUUAAUAUAAGAAAAUGGAAGAGUUUGGGAACAACAGCAAUUCAGCCACAAAGUGGUAGGCCACGUAAACUGACAAAGAGGGGUCAGAGGAUGCUGAAGCGCAUAGUGCAAAGAGGUCGCCGACUUUCUGCACAGUCAGUUGCUACAGAGCUCCAAACUUCAUGUGACCUUCCAAUUAGCCCACGUACAGUAUGCAGAGAGCUUCAUGGAAUUGGUUUCCAUGGCCGAGCAGCUGCUUCUAAGCCAUACUUCACCAAGUCCAAUGCAAAUCAUAGGGUGCAGUGGUGUAAAGCACAUCGCCACUGGACUCUAGAACAGUGGAGACGCCUUCUCUGGAGUGAUGAAUCACGCUUUUCCAUCUGGCAAUCUGAUGGACGAGUCUGGGUUUGGAGGUUGCCUGGAGAACGGUACGUUUCAGACUGCAUUGUGCCAAGGUGGAAAUUUGGUAGAGCAGGAAUUAUGGUGUGGGGUUGUUUUUCAGGAGACCAGCUUGGCCCCUUAGUUCCAGUGAAAGGAAAUUUGAAUGCUCCAGGAUAGGAAUGGGGUGGCACUUAAAAUUAAUAUGUGAGUCAAGGCAGGUGGCAAAAUACUUUUGGCAAUAUAGUUGUAUUGUCUCGCUUACAGGCAGACUGCACUGACAGGAUACACUCACUCCCGAUUAAUUCACAGCAGGGAUACACUCACUCCUGAUUGGUUGACACUGGUGUCUCCACAUGAAAUACAUUUUGUAAUUAUCUACACGUACUGUCACACAAAGACAAGCUUGUCGCCAUUAACUGUGUCGGUGUCAUGUCACACGGGCCUGAAGGUGGCAACAAUACACAGAACAAACUCCUAUCUAAACAUUUUAAAAACCGUGAUAGAAACUUUUUCAAUCAGUCUAACCUUCUGCCGAUGUCGCGGAUUCCCGCUAACGCUAGCAGCACUAAAAUGAACUAAAACCAAUUCUAAAGGCUAUUAUAAUCUCAUAUUAUGCUAAUUUAGCAUGGCUUUAUAUAUUAAAGAGUGGCGCUAAUGCUAACAAGUUCCACACCCUAAUUCCAAAUGUUAUAUAUUGACAAGUACUAGUGUAAAAUGGAGAAAUGUUUUUAAAAGCUAAUGCUAACAAUACUCGUGUAUGAGGUCACGUGAAACCAGCGACUGACAAACACAGGGGUGUCCAAAGUUUUUCCACUGAGGGCCGCACACGGAAAAAUUAAAGCAUGUGGGGGCCAUUUUGAUAUUUUUCAUUUUCAAACCAUAACAAAAUAUAUGCAUUUUUUAUUUAUUUUACCUUUAGGGGUCCCGGGGACCAUAAAGGGUCUAAGUCAUUGAAAUGUUAAAAAUAAGUCAGAUUUUUUUUAAAUUAUUAUUUAACGCUUACAGUAAAUCUCUAUAUCAACUUCAAGUUGAUAUAAAGUAAUACAAAUUGAAAAAAAAUGUUUUAUGGCUUUUCUGUCAAAAACAACUUAGUUUUUUUAUAGUAAAACUGAAAUAUGCAGUAUUUAGUAAUUAGAGCCCUAAAAGAUCAAUCAUGCAGGACACCAUUGAUUUUAAUUAUUUCAUAUUUUUGAGUAAUCACAGUGAAAAGAUAAAUAAAAAAUCACUAAAUAUAUUUGGGAUCCAAAAGGUGCCCCACUCAUAAAGUGAUACAUUUUUAUUAGGUUUUUCUUUUACUUUCAACACUUAAGUUACGAGAUCAACUUCAGAUAUAUCUGUCAAUUUUAUGCUGGAACUAUUAUUUUCUUUGUUUUAUGCGCUUUUGUCAAAGAAAACUUUGAUGUUUUUAUAUGGCUACUACACAAUAUAUGCAAUAUUUACCACAUAAAACAUUUUAAAGUGAAAUAUUUGAAGUAAUUGGAGCCCUGAAAAUACUUCAUUAUAACAUGGAUUUUUUGUCUUUUUUUUUUUUUUUUGAGCAAUGGCAAAAAAAGAAAAUGAAGACAAAAGAAAAAAAACAGCCUGCAUGGCAGCUUUUGUGUCAACAUUGCAACUUUUUCUCGUUAGAUUGCACCUCAUUCCACUUUUUUUAAUGUUCUUUUUUUUUUUUACAAUAGUAUUUCCAGAAUGUGUGGUGGGCCGGUAAACAAUUGCCCGGUUUUUGGACACAUUUUGGACACCCCUGAACUACAACAUAGCAAUAUCCAUGGUAUUACGUCAUCAUAAUCCUAAUGAUAUACAAUACAUGCAGCAUGUCAGCCAUUAAGUUAAUUUGCACUACUUAGGAAUGGAAUUAGAUUGUCACCAGCACUGCACUUCAACACCUGGCCAGCAGGGGGCGUCGUCACGUCCAGUCAAUGUUAUUGUAGCAGUGUUUUAUUUACAGUGGCUUCCACGUGUGACCAAUUGUACUCACCUGUAUUCACAUUAAAAGUUGCAUUGUUUCUUCUUCAUUGCUCAUUAACAACCACGCUUUAUUUGUUUUACAUUUUGAUUAUUUUCUAUGUAACAUGUCAGUUUGACAAACCAAGCUUUGUAACAUUAGUUUAACCUUUAUUUAAAACUUUGAAGAACAAGGAGGAUUUACAAUACACAGCCAAUUCCCACCGCCGCCAUUUUGGACCCGACUCAUUUCCUCUUGAACCUGCAAAAUCACAAGAGAGCUUUGAGGAUAACUCAUGUCAACAAGACCCCUAAAGCCCUUUUAAGAAGAAAAAAAAAGUACCUAGAUCCGCCGGAACGCUUCUUGUUCAAACCCAGGCGCUUCCUGUCUGCGAAGGACGGCCUGAAUAGCACACAAAUGUUAUUUUUAUUUGACUCAAGUUAGCCAUUAAAUAAAUGGUGUAUAAAAUUAAUAGAAAAAGCUAUGUUAUGGAGUUAUACAUUAAGAAAAAUCAACACUGGAUUACAGUAAAAUAAACAAUAUAAUAAAAUAACAUGAUUAAAGUAGAAAUGUAAUAAAAUAACUAUUUCUUUAAAUUAACAUAUGACCAUAAUAUAAUUAAUAGAUUAGUUAAUGAAGAAAUUCAUUCAUUCAUGAAUAUAUAAAAGAUGAGCGAAAACUUUCAAAUGUACCGAAAAUACACAAAAAGUGAUAAAUGUGACACUUACCCAGCUCUGUAAUGUUUGAGAGCUUUGUUGCUGACAUUUGUGAGCUCUUUGUCAAACGCUGACUUGCGCCCUCCUUUUCUUGCUUUCUGAUUUGCUGUUCAAGACAUGAGGGGCGUGGCAAAGUUCAGGCUAUGUGUUGGAAGCACAUUGGUCUGCUAUAGUGAUGUUUGUAUUCUAACCUUUAGAGGGCGCCUCCUCCUCAGCCAACACUCUCGCUCUCUUCGGCCGUCGCUCCCUCUUGGCGGCUCGCUCUGCGAACAUCUGAGCCUUCAGGAUCUCGAACUGAGCGCGGUCCUCAGACUGACACACACACACACACACACACAAACACACAGUGCUGC